AUGUAUCGUGCUCCUUUCCUUCUUCUACUUGCCAUCGUGUGCCUCGGGGCUAUUGCCAAUGGAAUGACAACGGCACGAAACAAUACGCCAGGCCCAAACUCGAAGGCUGGAAAUGACACAAUGUCUUCAAUACCAACAACCACCUCCUCUGGAUCACUCGCCUUCUUCUCCAGUCUACUUCUACUUCCCUCCAUCCUCCUC